CUUUCAAAUUCAACCCAAAUAUACACAUAAGCUUCAUCAGUCCAUAUAGCAAACUCAAACGAGAUACGAUAAAACUCCUUUUGUUUGCUCUUCGAUAUGGCAGGAUCAUCUUCUUUUUCUUCUUCUAAUGUCUCAUUGAUCCCGACGGGACUUCAAGUGUUCAUCAGUUACCGAGGAAAAGAGCUACACGAUGGCUUCGUCAGCUUUCUAUUGCGUGGCUUUAAAGACAAAAACAUCAACGUGUUUACAAACGAGCAAGAAGAGAAGGGUAAAGACCUAAUCAGCCCGUGUGAUAGGAUAAGUGAGUCAAGAUUUGCGUUGGUUAUCUUCUCCGAGGGGUACACCAAGUCAAAAAGGUGUUUGGACGAGCUGGUACAUAUCAAGGAACGCGUGGAUCAAGGAAAACUUAGAGUGAUUCCCAUCUUCUACAAGCUUGAUGCCACCGUGGUGAAUGGUCUUAAAGGAAAAUUCGGGGAUAACUUCAGGGAUCUGGUUGAAAGAUAUCAACAUGAACCAAAGAGAAUACAGAAAUGGACGGAAGCUUUGAAUUCAACUUCCCAAACAUUCGACAUGCCCUUGCCAGCAUACAGGAUUCUGGAAGAAAAAUAUCGACAUGAACCAGAAACAUUCCAGCAAUGGAAGUCAGCUUUGAAUUCUAUUUUCCCAAAGUUAUCCUUGACUUUGUCAAAUUACAGUGAGACAUCCGAGAACGAUUUCAUAAGCUUAAUCUGCAAAGGAAUGAAUGGCAAUAGAGGAGAAGAAAAUAGUGACUGUUUAUUGGUCCCAGCAAGGGGACUCAGUCUCAGUAAGCACGAGGCACCAAACUCUCUCAUGGCUGCUUCGUCUUCGGUUGUGAGACCCAACUCGUUGGGGCCUCAAGUUUUCAUCAACUUCCGGGGAAUAGAAUUGCGCAGAAACUUUAUAAGCUUUCUCUACGCUGCCUUGAAAGAAGCGGAUAUAAACGUCUUCAUAGACGAAGACGAGCAUUUGGGAUCAAAUUUGGUUAACCUAUUGAAAAGAAUAGAAGAGUCUGAGAUCGCUUUAGUGAUCUUCUCCAAGGAUUACACAAGUUCGCAUUGGUGCUUAGAUGAGCUGGCCAAGAUCAUGGAACGUAAGGAUCAAGGCCGUCUCAUAGUGGUUCCCAUCUUCUACAAAAUUGAACCUUACGUUGUGAAACAACUUAAAGGAGAAUUUGGGGAUUGUUAUCGGGAUAUGAAACGCGGUCAUCAACACCAACGAGACAGAACUCAGAAAUGGAAGGAAGCUCUAGUGUCUAUUCCCGAAAUAAAAGGCAUGGUCUUGCCAGAACGAAGUAACGUGACCGAUAGAGAGUUCAUAAUCUCGAUGGUCGACAAGAUUCAGAUAUUGUUGGAGGAUAUGACCGGCAGAGGAAACCUAGAAAGAAACAGAACGAUGUAAUGUAACGAAACAAGGAGUUAUUUGUGUGUUUAGUCUUUCUUUUUGUUUUUCCUUUUUUUCCUUCUUUAAAAAUAUUGUAAGCUUCUAGAUUAUUGUGCGUGACUUUCAAGUCUAUGGGUUUGAUUUAACCUCGGGUCGGUUGUGACCAUGCCUAUAUAAGAGUUUUGUUUUUCUCUUUGAUGUUUCCGAUUUUGAUAAGAAAUCAUGUGCUGAUUCGAAUAGCUUCAUCAGAUCUUCCAAUGGUUGGAAGAAAACUCAAAAUUUGUGAAAGUUCCCUA